CCGCUCCAGGAAGUGCGGGGGCUCAGCCGCCCAGCCAGCCGGCCCGAUGCACACUGGGAAAGCAGCAGCACCAGAUCCAAGAUGGCGGCCAGCAGGAGGCUGAUGAAGGAGCUUGAAGAAAUCCGCAAAUGUGGAAUGAAAAACUUCCGUAACAUCCAGGUUGAUGAAGCUAAUUUAUUGACUUGGCAAGGGCUUAUUGUUCCUGAUAACCCCCCAUAUGAUAAAGGGGCCUUCAGAAUUGAAAUCAACUUUCCAGCAGAGUACCCAUUCAAACCACCGAAGAUCACAUUUAAAACAAAGAUCUAUCACCCCAACAUUGAUGAAAAGGGACAGGUCUGUCUGCCAGUAAUUAGUGCUGAAAACUGGAAGCCAGCAACCAAAACCGACCAAGUAAUCCAGUCCCUCAUAGCACUGGUGAACGACCCCCAGCCCGAGCACCCCCUUCGGGCUGACCUAGCUGAAGAAUACUCUAAGGACCGUAAAAAAUUCUGUAAGAAUGCUGAAGAAUUUACAAAGAAAUAUGGGGAAAAGCGACCUGUGGACUAAAAUCUGCCACGAUUGAUUCCAUCGACUGUGAGCAGAGACCCAGAGCAGUGCAGACAUCCCGCAAAGCAGGACUCUGUGGAAAUUGACACGUGCCACCGCCUGGCGUUUGCUUGUGGCAGUUACUAACUUUCUACAGUUUUCUUAAUCAAAAGUGGUCUAGGUAACCUAUAAAAGGAUUAAAAAUUUAAGAUGUUCUAGUUCUGCUUUCUUUGUUUUAAAAUCACUGCUUCAAUCUCCUUUUUAAAAAAUGGUGUUUCUUUUCUUGUCCAAAUUUAUCCAAAUUUUUCAAUUUACAUUUAGACCUUAAGGUUUAAAAAAAAAAAGGUUGUGGUUCCCUUUCUUCCCCUGCCCCUUGCAACUCCCACUUUCUUGCAUUCAGUUUAUUUUUCACUCAUUCACAUCCCCAGACCCAGGCCCCGUCUCCACAAAGGAGAAGAGACAGCUCUGUCCUGUCUGGUGGCUUCUCUUCUCCCAUGUUGCACUGCCUGGUGUGGGAGUUGAUUCUCUUGGCUCCGAUUUAUAACAUCCUUUAAAAAAAAUUUAAAAACAAGCGAACCCCUCCCCACCCCACCCCACCCCUCACAAAGAAAAGGCUGUGCAAAGGGAGGCCCAGCUGUUAUGUAAAAAUCUGGCCAAUGUUACCACAUUAAUAUUGAUUAAAUGGCAACCCUGAUGUCUGUGUGUGUGAUUCAACUCCAGCCUGGCCAGGCCUGUUUGGGGAAACCCUGCAAUAUCAGGCCUGUGGCCACUCCAGGAGAGGGCCUGCCAGCCAGAGGACACAGUGCACUAGUGUGAGGAAUUUCUCACCACAAAGGCUCCUGAGGUCAAAGGUUGGCAUUCCUCCCUGCAGCCAUUUUAGAAGAUGUGCUAGUCACUGCAGACAACACUAAAGCCAGAACGUCCAUUUGAAAUUCCACGCUCACCGGUCACCAAGCUCCAUCCGAAUGUGCCACGGAGCUCGCUCUCCAACUCCUCAGUGCAGCAGCCCCACCGCGGCCCUCCCUCAACACGGUUUGACCCUUUGCGGGGUUGGAAUUGGCAGGACUCGGCUAUAGCCAGCACCAGUCUGGGGUCACCGGUGCCCUGCUGACCCCUUCCUUUGGAGCAGCCAGCCAGGCCAGCCCAGGAACAAGAUGGCCUUCCCUCUCCCUCUGGACUCACAGCCUUUGCAGAGUCAAGCUCCACUUGAAGCUCACUCAGUAAUAUCCUUUACAUGUGUUUUAUGUACAAAAACAAAAACAUUUGUUUUGACUGCCUUUUUUUGUAGAAAUAAAAAUUGACCUUAGAAUUUAUCAUCAGAUGAACUUGUAAGGAUUGGAUGUUAAUGUCUUUUUCAAAGCAAGUGGGACUGUCUCUGAAAUAGAGAGUACAUGUCACUGAUACCCAAAGGAAGCCGUUGGUGCAAACGCCAUGCGUCGCUAACUCUGCUUCCCUCUUGGCUCUUGGGUGGACUAGAUCCUGUGGAAAAAUGACUUAAAGAAACUUUGCUUUGUUUUUCUUUUAGUUCUAAAACUUGAGAUCUUUCCAGGGCUUAUGACCUGUGAGACAGCUUGGUUUUACCUAUGCAGAAGUGGGAGUGAUGGGUAGGUUAGGCAGCAUAACGUUUAGUUGUCCAGGCACGUGGUCCCUGCGGUGUGUCAACAAACGGCUUCUUUAGUGCUAGAUAUUCAAGGGGCAGGUUCUGGAAGCUCCCGUGUGCCCAGGAUGGCGAGAGCACCGGGUCAGCCUUCCCGCAUCUGUCUCUUCAUUAGCAGAAAAGUGAUGAUGAACCUUAUUUCACUCAUAGAUUUGUAAUAAAAUGCCAAAUUCUGUCAAAAGCUAUUCAAAUAAGCCACCCAUCUGUUCGCGUUGCUUCUGAAUCCAGAAUUAUUGCCAUUCUUGGAAACCGUCCCACUGCUUCGUGUUUCUACCAGCGUAGCUCUACCUGCCUGUCACACCUCACUUCUCUGCUCACCAAGGAGGGAUACCUUUGUCAAAGCUGCCAGCCCCUCUGGACUCUCAGCCCUGGCAUUGCACUCCAUGGUUUGCCCUAGUCAGGAGAGGCCUGGCCCUCAAAGAAUGAGGGUAGGGGUGGUCCCUCCCUUGGUCCUGGGCAACUUAAUAAGCGGGGCAGCAGCCAAUGAUUUCUGGGUGGUCGCCGAGCCCUCAGAGCCGGCUUUGAGCACGCUGGCAGGUAGCCCUGGCAGCUCCACAACCAAACAGCUGGGUCCUCUGAGGAAGGGGAGAGCUGUUGGGCUGCCACCACUAACCCAAGCCCACUCAGGAAUUCACACCUGCCCAAUCCAAAGUGCGCCUGGUCCUCCCCUUCCUGCCCCUGCCCCACAUGGCGGAGAAUAGGCUUUCUAAGAUGCUGCGAUCCCGUUCUGCUGCCCUUAAUAAAAUUGCUCUCCGACA